AGGGGCUCACAGGACUGUGACAUUUAUGACCUCCAGUUGGUCUAUGUGACUCACACUCAUCUUAUCUUCAGCUGAACUUUACAAGACAUCUUUAUACAGAAUGAGGACUGUGGACUUUGUCCUCCAUUUAUUACAGUGCAGUUGUGUUCUGAAGGAUCAUAAAUCUUUGAUAGUUUCAGUGUAAGUGUGUCAGCUAUCUGUUGGUUAGUGUCAGUCAACCUCUCUGUCUCUCUGUUGAUGAGUUUACAGACUGUUCUCCCUCUCACAUUCAACCAAUAACCUGUUUGUCUUUCUCUUCCUCUUUUUGGGGCUUCAGUCUUCCUGCAGUUUGGACUUUUUGGAGCUCUGUCAGUGUCUCAAGCUGCUGUUACUCUCCCAUAAGACCUUUCAGUGACCCCUGCUGCUGACUGGCAGCACUACAGCUCAGACUGGGUUUCUGCUCUGACGUCAGACUGACGUUUCUGGACUCUGAUUUGAAGGAAUGAGGGUGUGACGGCUGUCCUUCAGAUGAACACAGACACCAGCAGCGACUGUCAGCGUCUGCAUACGAAGGUAGAAAGUCUCUUUGAGCUCAUCUGGACUUUAACAGGGAGCCACGAUGACGAAAGUAGACCUUUUGAACACUCUGGAGGAUUUAAGAGCCGAUGAAUUCAAGGCCUUCAAAUGGUAUCUGCGGCAGCCUGACAUCCUGGAAGGGUACUCGACCAUCAGAGUGUCCAAACUGGAGUGGGCAGAAAGGCUGGACACAGUGGAUGUGAUGGUGAACACCUAUAAACUUCACGGGGCUCUGAAGGUGACCAUGAAGGUUUUACAGAAGAUGAGUAGGGGCGAUCUGGUGCAGAGUCUGUCAGACACCAGCUCAGGACCAGAAGGAUCAGUGGAUGUCAAAUAUGUUGGAGAGACUUCAGAGAACAGAGGACCUUCCUCCUCUCAGUGUGAAGAUGAGAUUGUUCCAGUACCAAAACCACGACACAUCUCCCAUUACCAACACUUGCUUCAAUCAGACCUACAGGAUAAAUUUAUGUGCGCAGAAGAUGGGUGGAUAGAGAGGAAGGAUGAGCAACUUUUGGUUGAUAUCUACACAGAGCUGUACAUCACAGCUGGAGUUGGCACACACAUCAACAAACAGCAUGAGGUCAGACAGAUUGAGGCGGUGGGAAAGUCUUUAGAAACAGAGACACCAAUUAAACCCAGUGACAUAUUCAAACCCCCCUCUGGAAAAACAAGAGCCAUAAGAACAGUGCUGACCAGGGGAAUCGCAGGAAUUGGCAAAACAUUUCUUGUGCUCAAGUUUGUGUUGGACUGGUCUGAAGGAAGAGCCAAUCAAGAUGUUCAUCUCAUAUUUCCCUUCACCUUCCGCCAGCUGAAUUCGUGGAAGGGUGAAAAGUUCUGUUUGGCAAAGCUCAUUCAUAAAUGUAUCAGGGAGACCAAACACAUCCCAGAAGAAGCUCUGAAUCACAUCUUUACAACACUGCAGUCAUCAGGAAACACCAACUAUGACAGAAGUAAAUUCAAACUUCUGUUUGUUUUGGAUGGACUGGAUGAGAGCCGCCUUCAACUGGACUGCUCUACCAAUAAAACCCUGAACACAGACUUCGAUGUGACAAAGUCGACCUCAGUGGAUGUGCUGCUGUCAAACCUCAUCAGAGGUAAUCUGCUUCCGUCUGCUCGCCUCUGGAUAACCACACGACCUGCAGCAGCCAAUCAGAUCCAUUCUGAUUUUAUUGACAAAAUGACAGAGGUCAGAGGGUUCACUGACCCACAGAAGGAGGAGUACUUCAGGAAGAGGUUCACAGAUGAGGAGCAGGCCAGCAGGAUCAUCUCCCACAUCAAGACAUUACGAAGCGUCCACAUCAUGUGCCACAUCCCAGUCUUCUGCUGGAUCACUGCCACAGGUCUGGAGGGUGUGUUGAAGACCAGAGAGGGAGGAGAGCUCCCCAAAACCCUGACUGAGAUGUACGUAGAAUUCCUGGUGUUUCAGAUUCAUCAGACAAAAGAGAAGUACGGCCAAGAACAGUGCGUUCAGUACAUUAAGUCAUUAGCAAAACUGGCUUUCCACCAGCUGGAAAAGGGCAAUCUGAUCUUCUACGAGAAAGAUCUGAAAGAGAGCGGCAUUGAUGUCAGAGGAGCCUCAGUGUGCUCAGGAGUGUUCACAGAGAUCUUUAAAGAGGAGAGUGUACUGUACCAGCACAAGGUCUUCAGCUUUGUCUAUCUGAGUGUUCAGGAGUUUUUGGCAGCUUUAUAUGUGGAGAUGUCACUCAUCAACAGAAACAAGAAUGUGAUGUCUGAGCCAGCGCAAACUGUUGGCGAACAUGUGCGAAUGGUUUUCAGCAAAACGUCAGUGACAGCAGUCCACAAGUUUGCAAUUGACAAGGCCUUACAGAGUCCAAAUGGACACCUGGACUUGUUCCUCCGCUUCCUCCUGGGUCUCUCUCUGCCAACCAAUCAGACCAAACUCCCUCAAGGCCUACUGAAAGAGAGAAGAAGCUCUGAGACCAAUCAGGAAACAGUUGUGUACAUUAAGAAGAAGAUCAGUGAGAAUCUGUCUCCAGAGAGAAACAUCAAUCUGUUCCACUGUCUGAAUGAACUGAAUGAUCAUUCUCUAGUGGAGGAGAUCCAACAGUACCUGAGUUCAGGAAGUCUCUCCACAGAUGAACUGUCUCCUGCUCAGUGGUCAGCUCUGGUCUUCAUCUUACUGUCAUCAGAAACAGAUCUGGAUGUGUUUGACCUGAAGAAAUACUCUGCUUCAGAGGAGGCUCUUCUGAGGCUGCUGCCAGUGGUCAAAGCCUCCAACAAAGCUCUGCUGAGUGGCUGCAAUCUGUCGAAGAGAAGCUGUGAAGCUCUGUCCUCAGUUCUCAGCUCCCAGUCCUCCAGUCUGAGAGAGCUGGACCUGAGUGACAACAACCUGCAGGAUUCAGGAGUGAAGCUGCUCUGUUCAGCACUGGAGAAUCCACACUGUAAACUGGAGACUCUCAGAUUGAGGGGCUGCAGGUUGUCAGAGAUCAGCUGUUCUUCUCUGGCCUCAGCUCUGAAGUCCAACCCCUCCCAUCUGAGAGAGCUGGACCUGAGUAACAACAAGCUGCGGGAUUCAGGAGUUAAGCUGCUGUCUGAUCUUUUGAAGAGUCCACAUUGCAGACUGGAGACUCUGAGCAUCGAUAACACGUUGAUCCCAACUGACAAACCAAGAAAACACAACUCUGAUGUCAAACUGGAUGUGAAAGAAAACCUGCCCGACAAAGACACUGAGACAAGACAGGAGCCGCUGGACAGUGUGAAGUCCUCCAGUUAUGACAAGAUGACUCCAUUAUCGUUCUCACCUGAACACACAGCUGAAUCUUCAUACAGGUUCAGGUGUCCUGGUCCAGGUGUGUUCAAGUGUGCUUUCACGGAACUGGUGUUUGUUAUGGCUCAGGAGGCUGAGCUGCUGUACAAGACUGUCCAAUGGGAUGAGAGCCUCCUCCAAUCAGUGGGCAAGAUGGCUGCAGGGCCGCUGUUCAAAAUCCAGUGUUCUGAAAAUGCUGUCUGUCAGCUCCACCUCCCACACUGUGAAACAACAGAUGCACUGCUUGUUGAUGGCCUGUUUUCUGUCCUCCACAUCACUGAUGAUGGGAUGAGCUUCUUAAAGCCACUGGACAUUACAGACACUCAUGUGGUUGUGAAGGUCCCUCACCUCUCUGCCUUUGGCCUCAUCUGGGAUUACGUUAAAAGGUUUCUGAACACCUCACUGCCAGUAAUUGGCCAAGUUCUGCUGUCCAUCCGACCUCUGGACAUAGAACACCCAGUACUCGACGUAUUCCUGCUGCAAGGCAACAUCCCUCUGCAUGAGGUUGCCGCCCAACAAGGAGAUGCUGAGAACAUCAGGAUCUUCUCAACUUUCUGUCAUCUCAACUUUGGUGAAACGUACCGUGUCUGUUGUGAACCUGAGGGCUCCACAAUAAAGCCUGAUCGUGCUCCAUUUCACACAGAGUGUGGACCGACUUUCAGUCCAACAUUUGAAGUUUUCCUGCUGACAAACCCACAGAAACUCACUCUGAUGGUCCAGGACCAAGAGAAGAAAGAAGUGCUUAAACAUGUUGUGUAUCUGACAGGUCUAAGGAGGGAAAAUCAACAGAGGAAGGUAUCAGUAGAGGACAGGGUCUCAGCGGAAGAGAGGGUGCGUUCCAUUCGGCCACAGUUUGUAGUAAGAGUGUCUGAACCUGUUCUGAACCGGCUCCUGGAUAAACUCUUCCACCAGCGCAUUAUAAAUGAUGAUGAAAUGGAGUCAGCCAAAUCAAAAGUCAGAGCAGAGAGAGCGCGAGAUGUCAACGACAUGGCGCGAAAAAAGGGAUCUGAAGCCAGCUCAGUCCUGAUCGCGGCUCUCUGUGAGGUGGAUCCAUGCCUCUCCAAAGAGCUGAAAUUAAUGUGAAGCCAAAGCAAGAAACUGUAUGAACUACAAACCUUCAGUGUUUAACAUCUGUAAAUAAAAGAUUGACAUAAUUGUUUGUGCCUUAUAUGUAAUGAUAUUUCUGAAACUGGGUAAAGAUAACAUUAACAUGAUGAUAUAUUUUCCACAUACACAAUUUAUACUCAUUAGAGUUGUUUGAUGUCAAUGUGACCCCAGGCUGUUUUAGCUUUAUAAAACCUAUAUACGAACAUAUUGUUUGGUAUUGUUUUCGUCUGUGGUGUGCUUUGUAUUUUGUCCCUGUUUUUCUACAGGAGUGUGCCGCCUGUCUUGCGGGAGAUCUCUGAACGCAACCCGUAGGUCUCCUCACUGACUGGUUAAUGGCUUAGGCUCGGCUGGUGGAGUGUCGACUGCUGGUUGGUUCUCCAUGUGACCUCCGCAACAUCCAUCGUGUUUAAAACAUCGGGCCUCACAGCAAUCGUUGACAGAAAAACCUAGCAGCAGCAUCGUUCCAUCCUUGGUCCGUUAAGAGUGUGUUUUGUAAUAGCGUUGUGGUUCACGAGUUGUGGAGUUAGUAUUAUAUUGUUUUUUUGUAUGGUUGUAUAUAGUGGGUGUUGUAGGGGUGAACUGCCAUUUUCUUUUGUACUGUUUUUGUCCUGUUUUUCAUUUGGUUAGGGAGGUAGGGUUGGUGAAUGUCUUUUGUUUUACUCGUAUGUUAAACAGGGAUUACCGUAAAACUUCUAAUAAUAGCCCGGGCAUUUAUUUGCUUAAAUCACUGAACUCCCCCUGCCUUUAUUGGGGACAGGCCUUUAUUGGGGACAGGCCUUUAAUACCUUUAGCACAAAACUAAACUAACUGCUGCUUCUCUUGAGGUUUGUUCAGCAAAUUUAACAACUAACAUGAUUAUUAUGAUGCUUCAGAGGUUUUUUUCCGUCUCUCUUGUUUACUGUGUUACCGGUAAUUCAGAAUUAAUUAACGUUAUACUUUGUUGUUGAUAGUUUUUGUAAAAUAUAGUGAACGAUUGAAUUGUGGAGAAUCUAUAACUGAUCUAAUGAUGUUCAUUAUGGACAUGUUGACAGAAGUUUAAACAUUUAUAUUUGUGUAGGAAAUUGAAACGACUUAAAACUCGCUCAAUCAGGCGACCUGGUGGGUUUUAAGAGGUUUUAUACAUCGCGAUCAUUUCUAUAAAAUCCAGACCAGGCCUCUAUUGGAGACAUGCGUUUAUUUGUCAAAACGUGUAGCCACACCAGGCUUUUAAAAGAGACCUGCGUCUAUUAGGGACCCUGCUUUUAUUGGAAGUUUUACGGCAGUCAGCAUUUUGUUUCAGAGUUAGAUCUGUUUUGUUUGUUGUAUGUUGUUUUGGCCUCGGUUCACCCUGAAGGUUGUUCCUGGUUUUUGUUGCACCUUUUCCCCAUUUGUAAAUAAAUCACUUCACUUUAUUGUUUAA